AUGUCGGAGGAGCUUUCUAAUACAGCUCUUUCUGUACAACAACUGACUGCAAAUAUGUCACAGUGUUCACAAGUCCCAGACAGACAACAGGAAAAUAUUACUGCAGAUCCAGAACCUUUGAUUACAUUACCCGGACAUCAAAGUACUGAUAUUGUUCAGCAAAUUUCACCAAAACCCUCUACAAGUUCUCAAUCCAUUCCUGUCUUGUCAAAUCAAACGAAAAAUAUCCCGUCUCCGAGUACAACACUUUUGUUUUCACCGGAAGCAGUACGACCACUACCAAAAGCUCCUCCAAGGAAAUCAACAAACAGGGGGCGAAAAACCAGAAAAUCCACAAUAUACACCGAUACACCUGAGAAAGAAGAGAUAAGAAGAGAACAUGAAAACAGAUUGAAACGAACCAAAGCUAAGCAAGUUAAGAAAAGAUUAGAUGGAGAGGAAAAGACGAAAAGAAAUGUUAGAAACAGAAAAAAAAAUAUCACGCAAGAUGAAUCAUCAGAAGAAGAGGAAUACUACUGUCUUGUUUGUGUGUCAGCAUAUUCAGAAAGCAGACCGAGGGAAAAGUGGAUACAAUGCACAGAAUGUAAAAUGUGGGCGCAUGAAGAGUGCACAAAAGACCGUUUAUAUGGUACAUGUCCUAGAAAUCAUUGCUUUCAAUAUUCUGAACUCUUCGUCACGCUAUUCACCAUUUCACCCAUGGCAAAUGGGAGAAAUGGUGGAUUCGAGCAUGGCAUUGAAGACUGUGUGAAAGUAAGGAGACUCCACCACAUGUAG